AUGGUUGAUAAUAUAGGUUUUAACUCAGACAUAGAAGGCCCUCAGUACAAUCUUGCAGGUGCUAGCAGAGCCUCAGGAGAGGAAGGGGUCAUCAAGGAUCAAGAUCGUUUGCUGCCGAUAGCUAAUGUGGCCCGGAUCAUGAAGCAGAUCCUGCCGCCUAACGCGAAGGUAUCCAAAGAAGCAAAAGAAACCAUGCAAGAAUGUGCAUCUGAGUUCAUUAGCUUUGUCACUUGUGAAGCAUCGGACAAGUGUCACAAGGAGAAGCGCAAGACUGUGACUGGCGAAGACAUUUGUUGGGCUCUUGGGACUCUAGGGCUUGAUGACUAUGCUGGGGCAGUAAAAAUGUAUUUGCAUAGAUAUAGGGAGUUAGAAGGGGAUAGAGCUAAUCAGUGCAAGGCUGGCAACAAUGAAGAAGAGGAACCAUCAAAUAUUAGAGGUGAAUCACCAAACAAACCUACAGUUUCCCCUACUCCAUUUAAGUUCAAUUUAAUUAGUGGAAAGGACUAA